AGCCUGAAGAUGUUCAUCGAUCAUUUCUUGAAGAGAGAUGUUUCUCUGUUCAUCUGUGCACAGGUUCUGUUAUUCUGUGCAGUAAUGUGUGCGAGACAGAAAGGAGAACCGUGUUCACACUCGGAGCCAUGCCACAAGGGGCUGCGCUGUCGCUACAUGGGAGGCGUCAGGAACAGGACCGGAGUGUGUUCAGCUCCUGAUGAAGAGUCCUGUGUUAUGGGAAACUCUGUGUACCACCAUGGCGAGACCUUCUUCCCGAGCUGCAGUUACCAGUGUGUGUGUCACAGUGGGCAGAUCAGUUGCGUCCCCCGCUGUAACCUGGACGUGAUGCUUCCGGGCCCAGACUGUCCGCUGCCACGUAAAGUGCAAGUUCCAGGAGAAUGCUGUGAAAAAUGGGUGUGCGAUGCAAAGGCCGAGGUCAGUGUGCUGGGCGGCUUCGCCAUGGCAGCAUACAGACAAGAGGAGACGUUGGGCUUCGAUCCCAGCACAGAGUGCAUGGAGCACAAGACAGAGUGGAGCGCGUGUUCCCGUUCCUGCGGAAUGGGCGUGUCCACACGGGUGACCAAUCAGAACCAUCGCUGUGAGUUGGUAAAACAGAACCGCUUGUGUAUCGUGCGUCCCUGCCAAGCCCUCGAAGAGCAAGCAAACCCUCAGGAAGUCGGAACGUGUCUCAGGAUGACGCAAAGCCCCAAACCCGUCCACUUCACCUUCAGGAACUGCUCAAGCAUGCAGACGUUUCGUCCUCGUUUCUGCGGCCAGUGUUCAGAUGGACGCUGCUGCACACCGCAUGGCACCAAAACAACACCUGUGAGGUUCCGCUGCCCGAAUGGGACCACGCUCAGGCGACUGGUCAUGUUCAUCCGUACCUGUUCGUGCCACCGUAACUGCCCAGCGGAGGAUGUGGUACCACGACUUGGACCUGAGAUCGGCUACUCCGCCAUCCUCGCACGCUAAACUAGAGUCAAAAACAAACCGCAAACAUGGAGAUACUCGUACUCCCUCGACCGAGCCUAAGUCAGGCAGGAGCGAUUACCUGUGGGGGGUUUUAUCAAAAAUAAAUAAAAAAUUUCAAUGAAAACAGCUGAUAAUCAAUUAACUCUUUAAAUCCCGUGAUGGUCACAGCACCACAAUCGGUCUUGACUUUUGUAUUUCUCACUAGAUAAAGAUAUUUCUGUGUUAGAGACUUAUGUUGCAUUAAUCUCAAUUAAUCAGAGCUUAAUUAUAUUUAAGAAAUUAAUUGUCAGUCCACUCACAGCAUCACAGUUUCAUUUAUUCUAAAUAUAAAGCUGAAUUUAAAGCUACCCGACAAAUGUUUUAUUUUAUUUAUUUACAGUUUUUAAGGCAGAAGGAAAAAAAUCUGAAUUAAUCAUAGGUUUGUAUCUGUCUGUAUUAUUAUUAUUUUUAAAUUAUCAGUUAACUUUAUUACCCAAAAAAAAGUGCAGAAUAAAAGAUAAGAUUAUGGAGGAGGGAGUUUAUAAAAUAAGUGAGAUGCUUUAGCUGUAGAAGUUUCUCUAAAACCAAAAAUGCAAACUACUGUUCUAAAGAGUAAUAGUAAAACCUAAUAGUACAGAAGAGGACUUAAGGGCACUUUAGAUGAUCAAAGCAUCAUCAGACACGUAACUCAGUGAGAUUAUUCUACGACUCUUUAUAGCUGCUUUAAUGUACAGUACAGUAAGUGAGAACAGGAACAAACCUGGUACACAGACUCAGGCUAACAAGCACCAGUUAUAAGUGAAUCAAUUGUAAUUGUAAUUGUAUGCAUGGGGGGACGGUGUCUCAAAACACUUCAACUCUUAAACCAUGAGGCGUGUCACACAUUCCUCUGGUGUCUGAGUGUACGAGAGUGUGUGUAUAAGGACGACCUCUCCCAGGACCCGGCGUCCUAAAGGAGCACCAGGAGCGUCACGACCAAGUGCGUGUAGUGUGUCAAAGGUUAAAGGUCACUCUCAUAG